UUUGCGGAUUGCCGUUGCAAAGAUCUCUGUAGAUCUUGUCUCGAAGAAUUCUUAGCCACUUAGCCAGCCUGCUGUAGCUCACUGCUAGUCAUUACAACAUUCGACUUGAAUCGAUGAGCGCGUAUUUUUCUCGAAGCUUGAUUGCUCAAGAAUGUCCAACCAGGUCAUAUCUCCGGUUCUACCCUUCAUGGGGAAGCUCCCGAGUGAAAUGGAACCGGGAUUUCGGAUUCGGAUUCGAGGAGUGAUGAGUAGACCGAACGGCGAUUGCCGAAUCCAUCUGCAGAGCGGAGAGUGUCUAGAUCCAAUGGAUGACGUUCCGUUGCAUUUGAAUAUCCUGCCAGCUACCAGAGAAAUUUUGCGGAACAGCUACAGCUCAGGACGCUGGGGCCAUGAAGAACGAGCCGCAAAUAGUCCGAUAAAUUUCGACGAAGAAUUCAAUCUGGCCAUUGGAGCCGAUUCCGGUGGAUUCAACAUCGAAAUCAAUGGGAAUCAGUUCACCAGCUUCAGUCAUCGGUUUCCAGUGCAAACAGUGCGGGCUCUAUUCAUCACGGGUGGGUGUGUUAUUCGUGCGGUGAUUUUUGAACAUUGGAAUCCGACGUCAAAAGUGAUCAGUGUUAUUCCGAGUGCUCCAAUGCUUAAUCCACAACCUUCGUCACCGCCGAUGGCAAUUCCGUUUCAAAUACCAUCGUGGCCUCAUGGAAAUUUUCAACAUUUCCCUUGCCCGCCAUCGCCAUUGUAUCUACAUGCUCCGUAUCCCAGCUACAACAAUCCGGCGAUGUUUUUCCAGCAUCCUAUGAUGAUGAAUUUUCCUAGUGCAAUACAGAAAAAUGUCGAUAGUGGAUCGAACCUGCAGUACAAGAUGACGAUAACCGUUUUAUGGAAAAUAUGCUGCGUCCUCUUCAAAGUUCUUAAAUACAUCCUGGUCGCUCUGCUGGGCGGUUUCGGUGUGUACGUACUUUCCAAAAGACUCCGGCUGUGAUUUGCGGC